CUCAAGUGCAGCGCCGGUCGCUUGCCGUCGUCGCCUGUGCGCUGCACACUGCAAACGUGUUUGCGAGCAUGCCUGGCCGAUCACAGCGGCGUAGCACUAACGGUUCCAGCACCAUUUAAUGGGCGUUCCUCCGCGCGUACGAUGACCGACGCAUUUAGCCGCCUCACUUUCAUCACCGUAUUACUUGCAGCGGUGUCUUCGGCGUUAGCAGCCUGUGAUGCAGAGAAGGCUGUCGCUGGACUCCAAGAUUGCAGGAACCAUAUCCACCAGAUACAGAAACACAGAUUUAAUGCUUCCGACGUCGACCACAUAGAACAAGUAUGCUGCAGCGCCACGGUCAAGUUCGAAGACUGCAUCCGCGAAGCUGUACAUCUUUCAGGAUGCCACCACGAAGUUGACUACCUUGUGACCGUGAUGAUGACGAAAACGCGAGAACUUCUGAGCCACAUGUACAGCGCCAACUGCUGGUACCUCUGUAGCCAAGCCGACGCUGCCUCUGCCAGUGCAACCUUCGCCCCUGCCGGACUUGUAGCAGUGGCACUUUUGGUGUUGUGGAGGACGUGAAGUCAAUCACCC